AAUCGGAUUCUAUUUGGGGACGGACGCAUCGCUUCCUGUUAUUGGUCGCUUUGCUUGCGUACUAUAGAAAAGAAGAGUAACAUGAACAGGGCAAUUAGAUUGUUCUUUUCUUAGUCUACUUCAAAAUACAUUUUUAAAAUAUUGUAUAUAUCCCGUAGUUUAGUUGUGAGUCUAAAGCAGUCCGUGGAUAUGUCUCUCUCUGAUCGUUCGAGCUCUGACGGCGGCGGGUCUCGUAGUCCUCGAGUCCGGAGACCCCGGUCUCGUUCUCGCAGCCGCAACCGCAGUGAUAGCCACGAGGGGAGCCUGUCACCGGAUAGCUUCGGGCCCAAACUCCCAAAGCCGCGGAACAAAGAGAGGGAACGCGAGGAACGGGAGCGCCGAUUCCGAGAAGCGAGAAACAUUAGGCGGAUCCGCAUAGGCAGUCCCCGCCGUAGUCGGUCACGAUCCCGGUCCAGAGAGCGCCAUAACAACAGCACCAGCAGCAGCCAUAAUCACAGCCACUGGUCCGAACAGCGGGACGCUUCUGGAAAACACAGCAGUUCCAAAGAUGAAUACUACUACGAACAGCAGAGGGACGAUGCUCAAAGACAGAGACAAGAGGCUUUUAUUGCCAGGCGUCUGCAAGAGAGGGAGAGGAUUGGUGAGUUGGGCUGCCCUGAAGUUUGGGGAUAUUCACCAAGAGUGAAAGAGCCAGACUCUGAUGAAUUCACACCAGUUGAAGAAGAUGAAAAAAACAGCAGUUCAGAAUCGAGCUCAGAAGAGGAAAAGAAGAAGAAAAAGAAGAAGAAGAAAUCCAAGAAGAGAAAGAACAAAAAACAUUCAGAAGACAGCGAGCUAGAAUCAGAUUCAGAUGAAGAAGAAAUAAAGAAGAAGAAGAAAAAGAAAAAGAAGAGCAAAAAGUCCAAGAAGUCCAAGAAGAAGAAGGCGAAGAAGAGCCGUAAGGAGUCCAGCGACUCCAGCAGUGAAGAGUCAGAGGAGGAAGAGGUGGAGGAUCCCAGCACGGUGAUGUGGGUGGAGAAAACCUGCAUGGAUGAGCACAUGGUCGGCCCUGAAGCUCCACUCACGCACAUGUCCCAGGACAACAAGCCUUUGGAUUUUGGUCAUGCCCUGUUGCCGGGUGAAGGUGCUGCGAUGGCGGAGUAUGUGAAAGCUGGAAAACGUAUCCCGAGAAGAGGAGAGAUUGGUCUCACCAGUGACGAAAUCGCAAACUUUGAGAAGUCUGGCUACGUGAUGAGCGGAAGCAGGCAUCGUCGUAUGGAAGCUGUGCGUCUGAGAAAGGAAAACCAGAUCUACAGUGCGGAUGAAAAGAGAGCUCUGGCAUCUUUCAACCAGGAGGAGAGAAGGAAGAGAGAGAGCAAGAUUCUGUCGAGCUUCAGAGAAAUGGUGUACAGGAAAACCAAAGGCAAGGAGGAGAAGUGAACACCGCAUUUCUGCAUUUUCCUCUCAGCUUUUCUUCUGUUGGAUACAUUUAGGUUUUUGUCUUCUCGUGUGACAUGUUAUAUUUUUGGGAGGAAAAUCAUUCACUUUUAUUGGAGCUUAUGUUUUGCAGGGAGGAUUUUAAGUGUAAAAAAAUGUCAGUGAUAGUUGCUGACCUCUAAACCGUGAAGACACUUUUGUAUAUUUUCCAUCCUCUUUACCUGCUGGAACUUUGCUUUCCUUUCAAUUGUUAAUUUUAUCUUGUACAUCUUUUUUUGAGUAAUCCUGAACAGAAAAUACACUGUAAUUACCAACUUGU